GCGACCCGCGAGGCCAGGUUGAGGUCGCGUUACGCAGAGCGCGGACAACUUCAGCUCGCGGUCUGCAGGCAGACACGGAGACAAACAACACGGAGACAAACAACAACAACGACGACACCACUCGGUUAAACAGAGCGAGCGAGUGAUCGAGCAGAAUCCGUCGUUUGUUAGGCGUCGCCACCGCAGGCUGCCAGGGUACGGACCGGCGCGCGGGCAGCAAUCUCCAGGCCGAGGGUGGAGGCACCGAACCCGGCGGGCAAUCUAUCCGAGGGUCGGCGUCUUCGGCAUCGCGUAGCUAGGCCUCUGCUCGAGAAAUCCGCGGACUUCGCGGUGCUGUUGCUGCCUCUUCUCUCUCUCUCUCGCUAUCUUCGACUCUCUUCUCAUCUCUCUCUCUUCUCAUAUCUCUCUAUCUUCCCUCUCUCCUAUCUUCCCUCUCGCGCACGAUUCCAGCGUGAGAGCGAAGCAUGCGGACGACGCGGAGGUAGCGCGCCUGAGUCAUGUCGAAUCGAGGCAGCCCCGUGAAGACGCACGACUACCUGCUCAAGUUCCUCCUCGUGGGCGACAGCGACGUGGGCAAGGGGGAGAUCCUCUCCACGCUCAACCAGGACGCGGAGAACGAGGCCGCCUUCUACAGCGGAGUCGGUGUGGUGUGCACCUCCACGACCAUACUCCUGGAUGGACGCAAAGUGAAGCUGCAGUUGUGGGACACAUCCGGGCAGGGCCGGUUCUGCACAAUCUUCCGCUCGUACUCGCGAGGCGCUCAGGGCAUCGUUCUCGUCUACGACAUCACCAACCGCUGGUCGUUCGAUGGUAUUGACCGCUGGAUCAAGGAGAUUGACGAGCACGCCCCCGGCGUCCCGCGCAUCCUGGUGGGCAACCGCCUGCACCUGGCGUUCAAGCGACGGGUGAGCACGGAGCAGGCCCAGGCCUACGCCGAGAGGCACGCCAUGACCUUCUUCGAGGUGUCGCCGCUCUGCAACUUCAACAUCACCGAGUCGCUCACCGAGCUCUCGCGCAUCGUCCUCAUGCGGCACGGGAUGGAGCGCCUGUGGAGGCCCAACCGAGUGCUGAGUCUGCAGGACCUGUGCUGCCGCUCCAUCGUGUCCUGCACACCCGUGCACCUCAUAGACAAGCUGCCGCUGCCCGUCACCAUCAAGAGCCACCUCAAGUCGUUCUCCAUGGCCAACGGCAUGAACGCCUUCACCAUGCACGGCCGCUCCUACUCGGUGCACGCGGCUGCGGGGGCCGGCGGAGCAGGCGGCGGUGCCGCGGCCAAGCGGAGCAGCCUCAAGAAGUCUGCGUCCAUCAAGGGGCCGCGGCCGCCACUCUCGCCGCAGACGAACUGCUCCCACAACAGCUGCAAGAUCUCUUAGCGGCCGGGGCGAUGGAGUGAGUGAGAAGGGUCUGGCUGGAGAAGGGGGGAGGGAGGGGUCCCCCUGCUCCAUCUGGCCAGGGGGGGAACCCGUGUUUUUUCAAAUGUUCACACCUCUGAUGUUUACCGACGUUGGGUUGAGAGAAUCCACCGAUCGCUAGGGGCCUUCGGAUCUCGGCCGGGUGUGGUGGAGGACGCGCAUUAUCCUGCGACCGGAAGACAGAGUUCUCCCCCCUAAGCACGUUCCAAAAGGAACAGGUGAAACACCUCAACCAGGACUCGAUUGAAAGCAAGUCUUUAGACUUGCCGAGAGGCCUUCCUGGAUAAAUAUCGGACAUUGCACGGAUGACGAGAGUCGCUCUGCACUCAUAGCCUCAACCAAGGUCUGGAGACUCUCACCUUCUCAACAUCAACAAUGGACUAAUUAUAAUUGUAAAACUGGACCCAGCCCCCCCAGCAGCUGGGCUUCUGAUCUAUGGUUGUUUUGGGCUGGAGCCUUGGCAUGGGUUGGUCCAUCCCAGGGGCUGGAAUGCAACCACACGAGCCUGCGGAAUCGCCCAGAAUUCGUUCGGGAGGAUUUUGUAAAGAUCUUCUCUUUUUUUGUAAAUCUGCCAGCAAUAGCGUUUUGUAAAAUUGUUUUUUAGUAUUAUGAUGGCUUUGUGAAGAUUUAAGGGAGAUUUUUUAAUGCAUAUCAUACACUAAAAUGAGCACCAGGAUAAAAAAACAACUCCUGUGGCUUGGGUUUGUAAAUACUGAACUCUUGAUGUCGUAUUUUGUUUGGAACAAGCACCAGCAAUCAAAAGGGCUAUGAACAGACUUUGAAAAGAAAUAUUAUUUUUGUGAAAAAAGUAUUCACAAUAGUUUCUUCUGCAGUGGCACCGCCUGUAAAAGAAAAGUCUGAAUGGUUUAAAUAAAGGAAUUUCUUCCCAAUCUCCUUGCGCUCCGGUGAAGCAAUGGGGGAGUUACGUGCCCUGGUUGUGUGAACCCCCACUGGGUUAGGGUGCCCCGUGUUGUUGCUUUAACGUUGUGCGAGCGCCAACAUGCUCACACGUUCGCUUGGUUUCAUCGUCCAGAUGGUUUGGGCAGCCAAAGCAGAGGGGGUUAACGAAUCUUUCCCCCAUUCAGUUUAUUGCCAUUCAAAUCGAGAAUCAAUUCCUUUUUUGUUUAAACUGCGGUGACUAGCUGUCACUCUCAGCUUGAGGGUUCCACAAAAACCAAUUGCAUGAAUGAGUGAGCUCAAAAAUCUAUAUUAAUCAUUGUGUUGAAGCAUCUUUACAAAAACCGUACAACUUAGUAGGAAUUUAUUAUAGGGAAGCGUGUUGGAGUAUUCUGUAAUUUUACCUAAUGUUAUAUUCAUUAUUUAAUGGGGGAUAUUUUUUUUUCCUUUUGUUAAAAUCGUACAGCCUUCCAACACUGCAGUUGGUUCAGGACACUCGGUGUGUCCGUAAGUGGAAUUGUUUCUCCUUUCUUCCGUGGCACGGCCGCACAAGUGUAGUGGAGCGGUUACGCUCUUUGUGUCUUCUGAGCGCUCAAACCGGUCACCCAACUACGCUGGGUGCAUGUUAACCCCGGUGCAGUACCCAAUUUCACACCCUUCGCCAAAGAGGUGACCCACAUAGGAUUAUUUUACCUCUUUCCUGCUGUAUAAGAGCCAGGUCGUUUUUCCAUUGCAGAAGCCGUACUUUGCCACCGAGGUCGCAAGCAGCGAAUGCGUCGGUGGCAUGCCGUGAAUGACGCUGUGUACUGAUGUCGCGAGCAAUGAACACCUUAUCCCCACCCCCUGGCCCUGAGCUAGCUUCAGAUGUCUUGUGAAACAAGUAUCAAGACUUCUGUUCUGGCCUGGCACGGCAAACAGCCAUUGAAAAACAACCCCUGACAGCCCCAGGCUGAUUCGGCUUGGAUGUCAGUAGAAAGUGGAUAUUUUUCGUUUUGUUUAACAUCAGUAGUUGAACUUUCUGCAAAGCACUGGCCUUGAACACUGGGGUGUGUACAUUGUGAUGGCUACAUGCCUCCAUUUGUCGUUGACACGCUGCUGCGCGCAUUGCCAAUGACUGUGCGGCUCUUUAGUCCCAAGUGUAUGUUGAAAAAACAUUUAUAUUGGUGACCCUGAUUAAGUGGUCGAAAUUCCACCUUGGUGGCAAGCCCACACAAAACCCACUGUUGGCGUCCCACCAAGUGUCGUGCAUUUUACAAUUUGAAUCCACCUUCCAAUUGUGAGUUUGCAGGCUUUGCAAAACUAAACAAUGUAGGUACUCAAAACAUGUUUUUUAAAAAAGUUCCAAUAUUUCCCAAUCGUUUGUUUUCGCAGAGGAGGGAUAUAUAGUUGGGAUGGUUGGAUUGCUCAUGUAAAAAAAUUGGUUUCGUAAUUUGCAAAAGUGAAAUUGAUGGAGAAGAGCCACUGGCGGACUGUCAAUAACACUUCGGUGCCAAAUAUUCUUCGUCAUUGUUUCAAUAAAAACUCUUGAGAAAA